UAGGGUGUCAUCUCACAAGUUGUAUUUGAAGCGUGUAAUUGAGCGCGUCCUAGCCGGGAAACAGCUGUGGAAACAGAUGUAGAUGUAGACGUAGACCCACGCACGCUCGCGAGAUUACGAUGUAACAAUUAAUUUUUCUUUUAGAGAUUUACGUAACCAAAGGUUACAGAUUCUCAAUGGUGCAAAGAACAGAUUCUAAAGUUUCUCAAGAAAUAAUUCGAAAGAUGCGCCACGAUGAGCGAGCAGUGUCCAAAUUGCAGACAGCUCGCGAACUCGUCCUUUUCAAGGCUCGUGAAAGAUAGCUGUGGCCACACCAAAUGUCGCAUGUGCUUGGUAUACGAGGAACACGGAUGUAAAAUCUGUCAGGACGAAUGCUCGACACAGAGCGUUCGGGAUUAUUCGAAAGAAUCACACAUCCAGGAUGGGAAUCCGAAUCGUGUAAACGCAGUAACCGGUGAGGAAAUCGCGUUGCCAUUGGAACUGGUCAUUCACAAGGAUCCCAAAUUCACGGAGAUUUCUUCCAAAUCAACCUCUUUCGAAAACAGAUCUUCAGAUCAUUACCAAAAGAGUGAUAUUUCUGAUGAGAAUCAAAAGAUUCAUGAGACUCCCAAUGAAACAGUUACUACCAAUGAAAACGAUAGAAUCUACAUUCCAAAGAUAGAAACUCGCGAUGUGGUGUUAAACAUAGAGGCUCACUUGAGAGACGAAAGUAAUCACAAUUUAUUGAGUUUAAAAAAUUCAAAUGAUAGUCAAACAAAAGAGAAAACUUCCAGAGAGACAGUGGAAAAGAGCAAGAGUGCCAAAAAUCGUGAUCGCAGUCACAUAAUAGUAAUACCAGGAACUCCAGAACGUUACAAGUGCAAUGUGUGCGGUAAGAUCUUUCGAAACAAGAAGGGCAAGUGCUAUCACGACGCUUGUGUAACGGGUGUCAAGCCUUAUCAGUGCACUUUCUGCGACAAGACUUUUGUCAAACGCUCUCACUUCGAGUAUCACGAGAGAGUUCAUAACGGAUACAAGCCGUACAAAUGCAGUCUUUGCGAAAAGGCGUUUCCUCAAAAAAACAAGCUCAACAGGCACAUGUUUUCGCAUAGUAAGGAAAAGCAAUUUGCGUGUACCGUGUGCGACAAACGGUACAGCAAACCGGACGAUUUGAAGAAUCACUCCACCAUACACAAUGCGACCACAACGUAUAAUUGCCAAUCGUGCAACAAAUCGUUUCGCGUGCUAACCAAUUUGAAUCGCCACAUGCGAACGCACACGGACGAGCGGCCGUACAAGUGUGAUCAAUGUAAUAAAAGUUUCAAGGACAGAUUUUUGUUGGUGCGGCACAAACGAAUUCACGGAAAAGAGAGGCCGUUCUCCUGUGCUUGCUGCAACAGAGUCUUCCUGUCGAAGAGCGAGUUGAGACGACACACAACCGUACAUUCAGAUGAGAAACCGUUCUCUUGCGAGCACUGUCAGACGUUAUUCCGGCGCAAGGAUAAUCUGACUCGACAUAUCAGACAUCACCACACCGAGGGCUCCGUCGGUUGCGAGGUACCCAAGGCGCCAGUUAUCGAAACAGCAACAGAUCGAAGCAAUUCCGCGAAGAGCAAUCAGCAACGGCAAAGACAGAAACCGAGGAAGACGCGGCCGAAAAGUCCCGGCGCGGUGUCGGCUACCUCUCGCGACCAGAUCAACUCGCGGCUAGACCCUAUGGGUAACAUCACGUCCGUUAUAAGAGCCACGAGCGAGGUGAGCAACGCGGUACCGGUGAUUAACGGGCCCAUCAACAUCCGACGUCUGGAGGAUGUGACCGACAAGAAGACUCUGUACACGGAGCCGAUCCCGCUCGCCGACACGGUGGUGCUCAAUCGUCGAAUCGAGGAGAAAUUGUACGCAGAUCGCAAAGCGCCACCGGUCACCAUUAACAUUUACUUCGCGCGCAAUCGGGAAUAGGAUAGAAUUAUUUUCGUCCCGAUGACGGUUUUACGCCGCCAAAGAGAACACUUCAGGAGAGCAAAAAUCAGAAGUGGAUUAAAUUCAACAGCGAGAAGACUGAUGUAAAAAAAAGUUAUCUCAAAGUGCCCAUUACAAAAAAAAAAAAAAAAAAAAAAAAAAA